GCGGCAACUGAGACGCCAAGGACAAGAAAACUCACUCCACAUCCACAUCCCAACAGUUUCAAGUCAUUGAUAGUCUGUUUCAGCAUCACAGACAACUUUUCCGUCAGUGCAAUCUCGGACAAUAAGUUUUAACAACAUGGGAAAAGAAAAUAUCUGUUUUUUCACUGUCUGGAUCAUUUUGGGAAAAAUCUGUGCAGCCUUUUCCUCUACUCUUGAACCUACCACCGCUGUGAAUGCAAACACCACCGGCACAGCUGCACCCCCACUGACCACCGCUGAAUGGCUCACAAACUACACUGACAUUGAGUCCAAGUUCUCCCUCCGCUCAGCAGACGUCACAGAUGAGGACAUGUGCUACUUUGUGACCGGCCAACCAGAAACCAUCACAGAUUGCAAAUUCAACCCUAAAUCACAGACCUUUGUUAUCAUACACGGCUGGACGGUUACGGGGAUGUAUGAAAGCUGGGUCACCAAGCUGGUGGUCGCUCUUUACAAGCGUAUACCCAGUGCAAAUGUUGUGGUGGUGGAUUGGCUGUCCCGUGCAAGUCAGGGCUACCCCAGCUCCGCAGCAAACACCAAACUCGUGGGCCGUGACGUCGCCAAGUUUGUAACCUGGAUACAAAAUGAGCUGCAGUUGCCAUGGGAACAGAUUCACCUGCUGGGUUACAGUCUUGGCGCCCAUGUGGCUGGAAUUGCUGGCCACCUCACCAAUAAAAAAAUCAGCAGGAUUACAGGUCUGGAUCCUGCUGGUCCCUACUUUGAGUAUGCAGAAGACCAGAACGCCCUGUCCCGAGACGACGCCCAAUUUGUGGAUGUCCUGCACACCUACACCAGAGGUACUCCAGGCUUCAGCAUCGGCAUCCAGAAGGCUGUGGGCCACAUCGACAUUUACCCCAAUGGUGGCUCUGUGCAACCGGGCUGUGACGUUCAGACAACCUGGAUCAGAGAUAUAUUUCCAGAAGGCUUCGGAGGCCUUAAAAACCUAGACCAGCUUGUCAAAUGUUCCCACGAGCGCUCCAUCCACCUGUUCAUCGACUCUCUGCUGAACACCCAGCAGCAGAGCAUGGCCUACCGCUGCAGCUCCAAGGAAGCAUUCAACCGCGGGCUGUGUCUCAGCUGCCGAAAAAACCGCUGCAACAAGCUGGGCUAUAACAUCAACAAGGUCCGCACGGCCCGCGACACCAUGAUGUUCCUCAAGACUCGAGAAAUAAUGCCCUACAAAGUUUUCCACUACCAAGUGAAGGUGCAUUUGUUUGGUCAAGAGCAACUCAGCUUCACGCAGCAGCCAUUGAAAAUUUCUCUGUAUGGAACCCACGGAGAGAAGGAGGGAAUUUCCACCGUCCUGCCACUUAUGAAUAGCAAUACAACUUCGUCUUUUCUCAUCACCACCGAUGUGGACAUUGGAGACCUGAUGAUUGUGAAGAUGCACUGGGAGAAGGACACAAUCUUCAGCUGGUCAACUUUGUGGGGCAGCAGCAAGUUCCAUAUCCGAAAACUCCGCAUCAAAUCUGGGGAGAAACAGUCCAAGGUAAUCUUCAGAGCAAAGGAUGGGGAGUUUACAGAACUUAUCCGGGGAGGAGACGACACAGAGUUUGUCAAGUCAAGUGAACCCACCCAGAGCCGCAAAGAGAAACUGAAGUACAAGCUGAAGAUGCAAGGAAGUCUUUUUGGGCAGAACGAAGCUUAAAUUAGCUUUUGAACAAAACCUCAACAUGCACAUCAUCCACAGCCAAAGAUGGACAGAACAGGGAAACCUGUACACUGUCCUGGACACAUGCAGAAGGCUGUGUUUCUCCCUCGACUGCAACCAACGCAACCUCAUGCCCAGAGCUGUAAAUCAGAACGCUCGCUGUACUCAUUCCCAUCUUCAUUUAUAGUCUGCAUGAGAAAUGUCUCAGGUUUCAGUCAUGAUGCGCACAUUCAGUAGCUUUUGCUGCAUACCUCUGUAAUCAAUCACAUUUUUGUAUCCCUGGUUAUUCUGUUUUUUGGUUUUUUUUAAGUAUUUUGAAGACCUGAGCUGUUGUUUCUUUUGCCUAUGUGAACUUUGGUUAUUGUUCAUUUAUAAAUAAUUCAGAGUGAUAGGCAUAACAGACAUUUUUUUUGUUGUUUUAAUGUCAAAAUUCUGCUUUUGCCUUAUCGUAACCACUAAUUACCUACAACUGACAGGGACCAAAAAUGUAUUUACCACACACACACACACACACACACACACACAUUAUAUAUGAAUGAUUUUGUCAAGAUCUGAUACUUUGAAGCCUUGCGCCUUCUUUGACCACCUUUGGUUAAUGAGUCACUGGUCACUUUACAAAUCUCUCUGUUGCCUGAAGCCAUUUCAGUGACAUAAUCAAUGAGGUCACAACCCCUAACUAAUAUUCAUCUUUAACUUUAGUAAUUUCUUUUGACAAGGAACUAAAGUAAAUAAUAUUCCAGGAAUUGCAACGUGUGCCUUAAAUCAUUUUAUCAAUGAAUCGUUUCUCAGCAUUCAUCCUUUGAAAGGUCAAACAUUUCAAAAUUAACUGAGGGAGGGGUCUAUAUGAUGGUCAUGACACAGCUCCACAAUGCCCCAUUGUAUUUAUUGAAUGUACAUUUAAUUAUUUGUAUAUUAAGUUGUAAUAUAUGUUGGCAGGCUUCUACUGCCAUUUGCAUUUUUAUAAAUAAAAGAUUUUGUGGUGUUAUGCACAAGGCUGGUUA